AUGGCUGCAAAGGUCUUGCAGACCAACCUUGAGGUUGACUAUGUCAUUAGCUAUCGACUCCCUGCUGACAAGGAACAAGGCAUCCAACAAUUCAAGAAGCUCAUCCGUGCCCUCACCGAGAUCGGCUUAACAACUGAGGUCCGUCGAGGAGACGAAACCUCUCUACUGGUUUUUGUCAAGGCGGCCGACGAAAAUGUAUUCGCACAGGUGGUAUACAGAUCAAGAAUAAAGGAUUGGCUAUAUGGCGUCCGUCAGAUACAACCAACCUCCAGCCCUGCAGAGACACUGGCUGCCGAACCCCUGACCGACGCUGAGCGCUAUCGCCAGAUUCAUCACAUGAUAUCUUGCCCAACUGAAGAAGGUGGUGCCGGUAUCACACCUAAAUACGGGGACUGGAAGAACGUCGAGGCUAUCUUCCCUCUUCAUGACCAUGUCAAGAACAAGAAAUGGUUGACCGAAUUCUCUCGAAAGACUUUCCUAAGUCCAGAAGAUCUAGACGAGGUCCGGAAUACUGUCGGCGAAAAGAUUGGCUAUUAUUAUGCCUUUCUCCAAUCCUACUUCUCCUUCAUGAUUUUCCCGGCUGCCUUUGGCUUCUCCUGUUGGGUGUUGUUAGGAAACUUCUCUCCAGUAUACGCAAUCGUCAACGGAUUAUGGUGUGUUGUUUUUGUCGAAUACUGGAAAAGACAGGAACAAGAAUUGGCCAUUCGAUGGAAUGUGAAAAACGUUUCUGCUAUCGAAGACAAGAGAAAGGAAUUUGUCCCCGAGAAGACAAUCACCGAUCCUGUCACUGGCGAGAAGGUGUCUUUCUUCCCCUCGAAAAAACGUCUCCAAAGGCAACUCCUUCAGAUCCCCCUAGCAGCUCUCUGCGUCGUUGCACUUGGGGCGGUUAUUUGCACAUGCUACGCCAUUGAGAUCUUCAUCUCCGAGGUUUACAGUGGUCCAUUCAAAUCUGUUCUCGUCUUCCUCCCAACGAUCAUCCUCACCUUAGCGAUUCCAACCAUCAGUAACUUCCUGACCCAAUUCGCCGAAAGAUUAACCAACUUCGAGAACUAUGAAACGCAAGAAUCACAUGACAAGGCUAUGAUCUCGAAAGUCUUCGUUAUCAAUUUUAUCACAUCAUACACGGCUAUCCUUUUGACCUCAUUUGUAUACGUCCCUUUUGCUUCAAUACUCGUUCCUUAUCUCGACAUCUUCGGACUAACAGUCAAACCUUUUGCUGAGAACGAGAAACAACUCCAGACCCCAGACCCAGCCUCCUUCACCAUCAAUCCAAAUCGUCUGCGCAAUCAAAUGAUCUAUUUCGCUGUCACGGCACAGAUUGUCAAUUUUGCUCUGGAAACACUGAUGCCAGUCAUCACGCAAAAGGGCACUAAAAAGUUCAAGGAAAUACAAGAGUCCCGUGCCGAAAAACAGGGAGGUGUGGCUCCCUCUAUUUCAUCCAACGACCCACCUGAGGAGAAGGAAUUCCUGACCAGAGUCCGCGAAGAGGCUGCACUGCCAGAAUAUGAUGUCACAUCUGAUCUACGAGAAAUGUGUAUGCAAUUCGGCUAUCUGUCGCUCUUCUCCGUCAUCUGGCCAUUGACACCGGUCUCCUACUUCAUCAACAACUGGGUCGAGCUUCGCGGAGACACUUUCAAACUGACGGUGGAAUGUCGCCGACCCAAUCCCGCUCGUGCAGACUCCAUUGGCCCCUGGCUCGACAGCCUCGUCUUCCUCGCAUGGCUAGGUAGUCUCACCUCGGCCGCACUGGUCUACAUGUUCAACGGUGGUGACGGACCAGAUGGCAAGCCUCACGCAAUCAAACUCUGGGCACUACUUUUAAGCGUCUUCCUGUCUGAGCAUAUCUUCCUUGUCGUGAGACUUCUGGUGCGAACAGCGAUUAGCAAACUCGACUCCGCAGCCCUGCGCAAAGAACGUAGCGAACGUCUCAUGGUGCGCAAGAAAUACCUAGAAGACGCAGGGCUAGCUCACGCCAUCAAACCGCUCACCACUGCCCCCAACAGUCCUCUUCUUUCCAACGACUCCGGUGACAAUUCUUUCGCUAGCAUUACCAGGCAGAGUCUCGAGGAUGAUGCUAGGAGAGAUAGUCUGAGAGAUACUACUCCGGCUUCGAAAUUCUGGAAUCGCCAGCGCACCUGGCGUGAGACUGAACAGGUUGGCCUGGGCAUGAUUGACUUGAUGGAGCUGGGUGGGAAGGCCGAGAAGAAGAAGCAGUAG